AUGUUUUUCUCACCAACUUUGCGAGCACUACGUCUUUCUGGUCAUCGUGUAUUUGUUCUUUGUAUUUCAAAUGGAAAUUUCUAUGGACAGGGUUCUAUUCGUUGUAGAGAAUUACAAAAAGCUGUUCAGUAUUUGGGUGUUUCAUCGGGUGAUGUAACCGUAUUGGAUUAUGAAAUGUUUCAAGAUGGGCAAGAAUGGGAUAAAGUCUAUAUGAGCUCUGUUAUCUUAAGACAUAUGGAGACUUUAGCUGUCGAUUGUGUGAUUACAUUCGAUGAUAAAGGAGUUUCUGGACAUCCCAAUCAUAUUUCUUGUUUUGAAGCUCUCCAAAAUGCCUAUACCAUCGGUAUAAUUCCACAAGACGUUCAAAUCUUUGUUCUGGAAUCUGUUCCUCUAUUGAGAAAAUACAUCGGGUUGUUCGACUCCCCUCUUUCUGUCCUUCGCUCUCCCUAUCGGUAUUUCGCUUGGGGUAGAGAUAUUAUAGCUUCUUGGAGAGCAAUGUGCUCACAUCGAUCACAACUAGUUUGGUUUAGAGUUCUAUUCAUGAUUUUUUCACGUUAUAUCUACAUAAACACUCUUAGAAGAAUCAAUCCCGAAGUGCGUAUGCCGAAAAAGAAGAAAGCAUAG